CGAACCUACAAAAGGCUCUCAGGUUUCUGCUGAACCUUUGCCUUCAUUUCAACCAACAUACACUCAUAUCCACCCGCGCCGCGGUUCCGCCAAGCUAAAUUCGUUCUUGGGAAGCGUCAUCUUUGGAAAUAUUCGGCAGGCCUCUUUUUCUUUUACGACGACGACCUGGCUAGCAUAUCUUGAAGCGAACAACACGCCACUUUCUCCCCGAACGAACUCGUACGAACACGGAGUGAAGGAUGGGUACACAAGUCGACAGCGGCUCGAUGCUGAAAGACAAGUAUACAAAUCCGACCCCCACGACUCCUUCUCAUCCUCCACCACAACCAAACGGUGUCUCUCCUACCACAUCCACGAAACCCUCACACUCAUCGAGUGCAUCAAAUACCUCCUCUAGCCCCUCGCUCUCUAUCUCCGUCCAUUCAACACACCCAUCUUCUUCACCGUUCCCUUCACCAUCGUCUUCCUUCCUACCACCACCAAUCCCCGGCGCACACGAAUUCGCGUUGAAAAGCGCGCCAGUUGGGACAGGUUCUGGAGCAGGUUCAAGGAGAGGAAGUCAUGUCGAUACCAGCGCUGAAGGGUCCCUGAAGGAUGAGGGGCCGAAGGAUGUGGUGAAAACAGCUGGAAGUGGUGGUGAUCGCGAGGUCCAGCAAGAAGGGCGCGACAAGGAAGAGAAGAAAGUGGAUGGGAUCGAGAGCAAAGGAGCGGAUGAGAUUCUGGAAGAGAGCCAUACCGCGGAAGUCGUCCUUCCGGACCUUUCGUCACUUGCCAGUCCCAUCGAAACGAAGCCCGUAUUCAGCAUCGCGCCCCCUACAACGCCUUCGCCUACGACACCGACACAUAACGCCACGGACACGUCCACCGCAGCUAAAGACGCCUCGCCCACAACUCCGACGACUCCUACGAAAGCGAAGCCUUCGGCUUCGAACUCUACGCCUUCCAAUCCCGCUUCGGCCACUACACUGACACCGAACGCCUCCAGCACAACCAGUACAGCGACACCUCCAACACCCUCUCUCGAAUUUACGCCGUCUUCCUCUCUCUCCAGAUCCACCACUCAACGCAACAGUCACCGUGACUCUCUAACAUCCACCCGUCCCGCUCCCCCCUCGCCCGCCCAAUCACGUCGCACGUCCACCGCUCUGUCCUCCCUCUCGAGACAUUCGUCUACUUCUAACCGGGAUAAAGAUAAGGAGAGUACUAGUGCGAGCAGCCAGCGCUCGAGGCCCAAUUCGAGCGUCAUAUCGCCUUCAUCGCUCCGUCGCAGUACAUCCGGGAAGAACGCCAACACCAACACCUCCGCCUCUCAUCUCAGUCCCCGCGCACAAGUUGAACCUGAAUCCGGCGCAUCCGAAACAGCGGGGGGAGGAACGACGACGCCGACGAAGAACACUAAACGCCGCUCCAUCAUCGUCAAAAUCCGAGACUUUGCCUUCCACGACACGGACGCGCGACACGUCGGCCACGGACCCGACGUUCCAAAACCGAACCGGAGACUAUCGAGGUGGUCUUUGUCGAUGUUCAAAAACAAGGGCAAAGGUGCGGAGGAAGACAGCAGCGAGGAUGAGGAUGAGGAUGAGAAGGCGGGGAGCGGCGGUGGCGGUGGGGGAGGCAGUGGAUGGGGAGGAUUUAGGUGGGGUGGCAUGGGAGUGGCUAUGAAUGGGUGGUUUGGUGGUGGAGGGAAUAAUGCGGUUGCGGUGGAUGCACCGAGUGCGGGUGAUUUCGCGAGGAAUUUCGAUAUGGCGAGUCCGGAUGCGUCGGAGAUAGAUGAUCCGUACGACGCGCAAGGCGAUGAUGAAGAGUACUACGAUGGAGAGGAGGGCGACCAUCAUGCUUGGGAUGAUCAUGAAGACGAUGAGGGUGACUACGAUGACUACGAGCGUGACGGAGAGGAGGGAGGUGACGACGUUCCGUUGGUCCCCGGCACGUAUAGAGCGAUAUACUCUUUUGAGCCGGAGGGGACGGCGGAGAUGGCGUUGGAGGAGGAUCAGGUUGUGAAAGUUGUGGGGAGGGGUGGAGGGGUCGGGUGGGCAAUCGUUGAGAGGGAGGGCACGGGGGAGCAUGCGCUCGUGCCGGAGGGGUAUUUGGAGUUAGUGGAGGCGGCUGAGGAUUGAGGGAUGUGAAGAUGUGGAUGUUAGGCCGCGCUGGCGCGGAAGCUGACAGUGAUGUUGAUGUUGAGAAUGACGGUAGAGAACGAAAGUCUUGUGUAGUCGUGUUUGAAUAUUCUUGAUUGUUUAUUUCCUUUUCUUUCCAGCCUCCAGCUACAUCUCUUUCGCAUUCUCUUGUUGUCUUCUCAAGAACCGUUCCGUUUCAUUCCUUAUUUUCUCAUAUCUUUUUCCCCUUCAAUCCUGUGCCUGUGUUGUCCUCUAUUCAAGUUAUUCGCUGAUCCCGUGUCAGUUCCAGUACCUACAUCUGCCUCGUCUCGUCUGUUUAUCUGUUUACAUAACUGUCUUAGUCUCAGUCUCAGUCUGUCUGCUCGUCCUCGCAUAUAUAUCCACCUGCAGAAUGUCAACUUGUUUUU